CCCCCUCCGGGCUGGACCGCGGAUGGUACGUUCCGCACGUGAGCUGGGUGCUGGUCUGGCCGGCGACGCGCGUGCCCUGUGGCCAAACACUGCCUGGAGUGAGAGCAAACUACCAGCGCAGUGGGGCCGGCGCGAGUGUGCGUGUGUGUGCGUGUGUGUGUGCGAGCGCGGUGGUGGGGGGGGACCAACUGCUUCACACUUUCAACACUGCACUGAAGAGGGAGAGCGAGAGAGAGAGACUGGAGACGCAAAGAUCCCCCCAAGAUCUCCCAAGCCUACCGUCCCACAGAUUAUUGAACAGAGCCCCAAAAAUCGAAACAGAGGAAACGAACAGCAGUUGAACAUGGACGAAGGAAUUCCUCAUUUGCAAGAGAGACAGUUACUGGAACACAGAGAUUUUAUAGGACUGGACUAUUCCUCCUUGUAUAUGUGUAAACCCAAAAGGAGCAUGAAACGAGAUGACACCAAGGAUACCUACAAAUUACCGCACAGAUUAAUAGAAAAGAAAAGAAGAGACCGAAUUAAUGAAUGCAUUGCUCAGCUGAAAGAUCUACUGCCUGAACAUCUGAAAUUGACAACUCUGGGGCAUCUGGAGAAAGCCGUAGUCUUGGAAUUAACUUUGAAACACUUAAAAGCUUUAACCGCCUUAACCGAGCAGCAGCAUCAGAAGAUAAUUGCUUUACAGAAUGGGGAGCGAUCUCUGAAAUCGCCCAUUCAGUCCGACUUGGAUGCGUUCCACUCGGGAUUUCAAACAUGCGCCAAAGAAGUCUUGCAAUACCUCUCCCGGUUUGAGAGCUGGACACCCAGGGAGCCGCGGUGUGUCCAGCUGAUCAACCACUUGCACGCCGUGGCCACCCAGUUCUUGCCCACCCCUCAGCUGUUGACUCAACAGGUCCCUCUGAGCAAAGGCACCGGCGCUCCCUCGGCUGCCGGGUCCGCAGCCGCCCCCUGCCUGGAGCGCGCGGGGCAGAAGCUGGAGCCCCUCGCCCACUGCGUGCCGGUCAUCCAGCGGACUCAGCCUAGCGCCGAGCUCGCCGCCGAGAACGACACGGACACCGACAGCGGCUACGGCGGCGAAGCCGAGGCCCGGCCGGACCGCGAGAAGGGCAAAGGCGCGGGUGCGAGCCGCGUCACCAUCAAGCAGGAGCCUCCCGGGGAGGACUCGCCGGCGCCCAAGAGGAUGAAGCUGGAUUCCCGUGGCGGCGGCGGCGGCCCGGGGGGCGGCGCGGCGGCGGCGGCAGCCGCGCUCCUGGGGCCCGACCCUGCCGCCGCGGCCGCGCUGCUGAGACCCGACGCCGCCCUGCUCAGCUCGCUGGUGGCGUUCGGCGGAGGCGGGGGCGCGCCCUUCCCGCAGCCCGCGGCCGCCGCGGCCCCCUUCUGCCUGCCCUUCUACUUCCUCUCGCCUUCUGCAGCCGCCGCCUACGUGCAGCCCUUCCUGGACAAGAGCGGCCUGGAGAAGUAUCUGUACCCGGCGGCGGCCGCCGCCCCGUUCCCGCUGCUGUACCCCGGCAUCCCCGCCCCGGCCGCCGCCGCCGCCGCCGCCGCCGCUGCCGCCGCCGCCGCCGCCUUCCCCUGCCUGUCCUCGGUGUUGUCGCCCCCUCCGGAGAAGGCGGGCGCCGCCGCCGCGACCCUCCUGCCGCACGAGGUGGCGCCCCCUGGGGCUCCGCACCCCCCGCACCCGCACGGCCGCACCCACCUGCCCUUCGCCGGCCCCCGCGAGCCGGGGAACCCGGAGAGCUCUGCUCAGGAAGAUCCCUCGCAGCCAGGAAAGGAAGCCCCCUGAAUCCCUGCGUCCCAAAGGCCGGAGGUUCAAGCGGAGUGAGAAGUAAAAACACCCUUAACGUCUUUAAGGGAGG